UUUUCUUAAACAAAAUUACAUCAUCAGACUUUUAUGAGUGAAAUUUAUUCUACAACAACGAGUUUUUAAAAACACAGUUUACGAUUAAGCACAAUUCAAUUAAUUUAUAGCAAUGCAGUUUCAGAAUUUAUUCCAUUCCAUUUUAUAUCUCAUAUUGAACCUAUGGUGGUUCCCUAGCAACUGGCCCCGCCCAAGAUGUAAGUAUCGAUCUAGGGAUGCUGCUAUUGGGCCGCGCAGGGAUGGGCUGGACCCAGCAUCCCUAUGUGAUUCUGGACCAUCCCCAUCUUCCCUUACAUCCCUCAGGACUCUCUGCCAGGCUACAUCUACACAACCCCAGACCCUGGACACGUCUGGAACCUAUUGCUGUUGGAUCAAGAGGGAGGAGGAAAUGGACUGUAUGGAGGAAAUGUUUACAAAUAUUGAUUCCUCAAGACAAGAUCUCAGUCAUAUGCUGCUCCAAAGGAAAAGGGACAGAGAUCGGUGUGAGGUACAGUCUGUUCUCAGUAGAGAAGAACGGAGAAGAAGACGAAGAGCUACUCAGAAGUACAGGACUGCCCAUGCUACCAGAGAGCGAGUGCGAGUUGAAGCGUUCAACGUGGCUUUUUGUGAACUGAGGAAGCUGCUCCCGACCCUGCCACCGGACAAGAAACUGUCCAAAAUCGAAAUCCUGCGCCUCGCUAUUUGCUACAUCGCCUACCUCAACCAUGUCCUGGACGCAUAGACCUUAUUUCAACACAACAUCCCAGAAGAUAUUCAUUCUGUUUACGUUUCGUUUUCGCAAGACUGUUGAAUAUAUUUCGUCUCACAAGGGACAACAGAAUUUCUGAAUAUGAUACCAACUGAUUACCGGUUACCAUUAUAAAUGUAUGUCUAAUACUGGGUCCUUUUCUUAAAGAACAACUGAUUAGAUUCGAACCUCCCAGAUUAAAAAUGACUUCCUUAUACUUUGAAACUAAUAAUUUACAACGUUGUUUGAAGUAUGAUUUACUCAAAUAUUUACUGUAAAACACAAUUUUUAUCCAUUCAGAUUAUUUAACCUACAACGAAAAUAUUUAUAUAGCUGCAAUAAAAUGUAAUAAGUGCAGAGACGUUAUGUAGAAGCUUAUAAUUGAACUUGUUUUAAAAACAAAAAGGGUAGGAUAUUUGCGAGAAGAAACCGCUGCAACCUAGCGGCCAAGCUGAUAACUACGAUUGUAGACACCCAUCCGUUUACGCUUGGAUGUUACCUCUGUAAUCUUUACGCUAUUGUAAUAAUGCCCGACAUCCAUAAUUGCCAAAGAUCGCUUUGUAAAUCUUAUAUAUUAAAAAAAAUUGGUUUUUCUUUUC